AUGGACUUACAUCAACAAAUUCCUACUCAUCUGAACUAUAUUGAAAAUAAGUUUUCAACCUUAAGUUUAGCUUUUGAUAGUUACGGAAUCACGAUAUCUGACUUGUUGAUUGCAUCGGUUAAUUCGAACUUGAUAAGUAUCUCCAAAAAAAUUGGUCGAUCAUUAAUUGAAAUCAAUAAUUAUGUUAAAGUGGUUAAAGAGUUAAUAAAUGAUCAGAAUAAACCUACAUCAAUUGAUACACACAUCAAGGAUGAUAUGGUGAUACCCAGUGGGAUUGGUGACCUAGAUAUCCAAUUGAAUGGUGGUAUUCCAUUGGGGUAUAUCACUGAAAUCUUUGGCGCCAGCGGAUGUGGUAAAUCGCAAUUAUUAUUUCAAUUAGCCAUUCAAGCUCAAUUGAAUGAAAGGAAAAGAAGUAUUUAUAUAUCAACUGAAUCCAUCUUAGAGACCCGCAGGCUAAACGAAAUGAUUGCAAACCAUCCUAGAGACAUUCUGAUGGAUAAUAUCGAUUAUGUUUACUGUGAUGAUUUAGAAAGUCAAGAUCACAUCUUGAUGACCCAACUACCCGUCAAACUAUCACAACAUCCAAGGGGUACAUUCAACGCUAUUUUCAUCGAUAGUAUUGGACACCAUUUAAGAAGAGAAGACUCAAUCACCAAUGAAAAAUACUUACUGGACAGAAUCGAAGAACAAGAAGCGUUAAUGCAAGAUGAUGAUGUGUUUAAAGAAAUUAGUACGAAGAAUCAUCAACAAUUACAGAAAUUUUUCAAAUCAGAUCUUCUAUAUCAAACUCGAAUCAAUAAAAGAAAAUACCUUAUGCUUUUGCAACGCCAUUUGAUUGAGUUGGCUCAAACUUAUAACGUGGCUGUUAUAAUAGCCAAUCAGGUAAGUGAUCAGCCGGCAAAUGAAGAUUCCAAUAUCCAAAAUUAUUUGGGCAAUGAUGACCCAAUCAAUUUCAACUAUCAAUUGGGUCAAUUUUCAGGUUGGGAUAAUGAAACAAUUUCAAAAUUUCAGCAUAGUUUCAGCAAUUCUUCCUCAGAAACUACUGUUGACACUUUAUACUCUGAAUUAAUGCAUUCUUUUAAUAAAAGGGCUAAAACUAAUCAAUCCGAUACUUACAAUAAACAAGAAUCCCUUGUGUCCCAACUACACCAUGUUCAAAAUAGAGAAACAAAACGUAUAAUCCCAUCCCUAGGGUAUACCUGGGCCAAAAACAUUGGAUGCAAAUUACUACUUCUGAAAAAUUAUAAACCAAUCCUCAAAGAUAAACUGGAAAUUUCGAAUGAUGUAUACCCAGAAGAACCCACCACCGACCCCUUACAGAAUGACCACAAGAGAAGUUUCUCCCAACUAGACAGCUCCCAUAAUCCCGUCUCUUCAAUUGAAGACUUGAUCGAUGGCUGGCAAGUUGAACGAUACAUUAAAGUCGUGCUGAGUCCAUUCCUUACCGAAAACCUUCACAACCAACGUGAUUACUCCAAGAUUCCAGUAUCGCUAGACCAACACGGGUUUCACUAA